AUGCUUGGCGGUAACGACACAGACAGCAACGCAGAAAGCCUGCCACUCACACCAGCUGCUUCAGCAAAGCGACGCCAGCGCCCAAGCAUUCGUCCUGUUCACGACAUCGCUCUUUUGAAGGAGGCCAUCGCAAUCUUCCCUUACGGCAAACCACGGGCAGCAAAAGCGGAGGCGUGGAUGCAGAUGGCUUGCAACGCCAACACCGCAGUUGGGGCAGAUAUUUUUGAUGAGCGGCGGGCACGGGAGCGGUGCAAAACACUGGUUGAGGCCCACCGCGCAGAUGACCUUCUCUCGCUGAGGGCGUCUGGUACCAACGAGGAAUACAGUGAGCGCGAGCAGCUUCUCACUGAUUUAACAGAGAUGAUUGAUACUGGGGACCUCACUCGGGCUGCAGAUGCUGAGAGGCGGGCGAGGGAGGAGGCUCAGGGGGAGCAGCUGCGUUUGGAAGCGCUGGAGGGCUUGAGUGCACACCGUCAGGGCUCUCGAUCUGCCAGUGUCUCGGUGGAUGGCUCGGAUGCCCCCCGUCAGCGUGCACGACGGGAUACAGGUGAAUGGGACAUUGAGGCAUGGUUGAAGGAGGAUGCGGCGUCACGAAAGGAGGCCUAUGAUCGACGCUUUGCAAUGGAACAGCAGCGGAUUGCGGUGGAUCACCGGCGCUUUCUCAAAUAUUCUUCUACGGAUGGGGGGUCAACUAAAAAGGAGCUCUCAGCGCAACUUCUGUACAAACAGGAGUGGAUGUUGUCGAUAAACGCCCAGAACUGAACGAUCUUGCCAAAACCCACUCGGCGGAAACCCGCACAGAGCUCAUGCGAGCAUUGAAGUCCCUUUGCGCGGGAGUUAGCGCGGCC